GUCCUUCUCUGUCUUAAUAUUCCUCUUUGAGCUGUAACAAUAUCAUGUCUAUCAUAAGUGUAGUCUCCACAUAUCGUAGAGCGAUCGCGUUUACCAUGAAACCCCUUGUAUACUUCGCUUUUCCCUAAAAUUCCAUAUCUUUGCUCAUAACAAGAUGACCAGCCUCAACACCCAUGAAUUUAUGUUAGUAACAUAACUAAAACGUUAUGCUAAUACAGGAUUAGAAAGUACUUUGAACAACCAUGUUAUAUUAACCAACAUCAUCAAACGCCAUAUGACCUAUACAACGCCCAUUAUUGUUUUAAUCUCUCUCUCUCUGAUCCUUGCAUCACCUGCUGAGCGCGUGCGUAGUCAGUCGGCCAGGACUGCUGGCGGCAGCGACCUGCAUCUCUUCCCUCUGUCCACAGUCACCGCUGCACCACAGGCGGUGCGACCUGGGCACUGUACAAUGUCGCUUGUAGGACACGCAACAGCCCUUCGUCAUGCGGAAGAUAGUUGCACGUGGGGGCUAGAGUAUGGAUUAAAAUGCCUUCAUACAUUUUAGGCAUUUACGGCAGGAAUGAUGUGAAACAACGGCAGCCAGCUUGUUCUACUUCACGGUCUCCCAGGCUCGCACUUCGCUCUUCUCCAUACCAUGGCGUGGAUUUACUAUUUGUAGUUACCCCGCAGCAUGUGUGAUCAACCAGUGCUUUGUGCAGAAGAUUUAUCCCCUCCUGAAGUGCAGUUACCGAUAGAAAUAUGGGAAAUUAUACUGAAGAAGUUACGAGCGCCGGACCUUCUAAAGGCUGCCUUAGUGUGCAGUCAGUGGAGACAUCUGGCGAGAGGGUUAUGUCGGGAAAGGUGUCAGCGACUUCCCCCUCGCUUGCUGUCGGAAUUACGUCAUGAAUACCUCACGAGCUGCGCUGCUUCCGUUUCUCUUUCUGCGUCGCCGUCUGCCUCGCCUUCGCCCCCGCCCGAUGAGGAUAUUUCCGAGCAGUCAGCCCCCGCGUUGGGUCAGCAUGAAACUAACCCGAGCAGCAGCUUUUCGGGGAUGGAGAAGGACAGGUCACCCUUCUCAGACAGGUCAAGUGGAGGGUCAUCGUAUUUGGAGGACGAACAGACAGACUGGCUGGCCCUCACCGCUAUGCUGCACCAAACGGCUCUCACAACCGAACCUCAAUGCUGUUUUGUCACUCACCAGCUCGAAAACGUAACACACUUGGCUUGUGCAGGUUCAUUUAUUGUAGCAGUGUCAUGGAAUUCUGACAGCUCGUCUUGUGUCAUCUACGUGGUCGAUGGCAGCAGCGAGGGAGACCACUGUUGGCAGCACCACAUAGCAGGACGGGUUCAUAAGGUGUGUGUCAUUGAAACACCAGGCAACCCUCCAAUAUUGGCAGUAUGUGUAGACAGAGAACUCCAAUGUUAUCUCCUCAGAACUCAUUUACAAACUCUGGCUCCUCUGUCAAUUUUUCCAACGAUAACUGUUGACUCCAGGUUAUGUUGUGAUGGGUCUACCCUUGUUGUAUCAGACCUAGUUGGACUACAGCAGCUCGCCCUGUACGAUGCAACGCCGUUUCUUCAGGAGGGCAAGGUAGAGCUGAUCCUUAAGGGCCGGAUCCAGACCAGCUCCCCUCCUAUAUACUGGGACCUCUGGAAUGGUUUUGUAACAGCAGUGGUAUCAGGUGGUUACGUCUCCUCAUACACUGUGACGGGAAAUCUAGUCGCAGAAUCUCCUCUCUAUAAGGACUUGCGGUAUCCUAAUCCUACUAUUCUUACCAGAGGUCUUGUCUUCGCCUCCACAAUCACAUCAAGAACUCUGCUGUCCUACUGGCACAUGGACCGAGACAGGGACUACUGGCUCCUAAGUGAGAGCGUGUUGGCAAGCUGGGUCAAGAGAGGUCGGAAAGCUGUGGGUAACACAAGCGUAGUCAAAAGAGGUCAUUUAGGGUCAGGCAGCCAGAGCCCAGUUCUUGAGAUGUCACCUACGGCUGUGUUGCCUGAGAAACCGGAAUCACAUAUACAAGCCUUUCCUGAGGUAUCUUCAAGCAUAUGCAUUUUGACGUUGGCUAAGAUAAGAGUGGGAAAGGUUUUAGCAUUGGAGACGACAGCCAUACACUACAAAAGAGGACUCGUCUUCUGUGGCACAAGUCAAGGACAUCUUUUGGUGUACCAACUUCUCAUGAGAAACAAGACGGAAGGCACCCUCAUCGACUGGACUGUUUUGGAGAACCUUCCCCCUAUACUUACCUUGUCAGUAACGUCUCGCCCUGUGUCGCGAGUGGUAUCCUAUUUUCACGAACAAUUUGUAGUUGUUGCUGUAGGAGAUAGGAAUGGAAACUGCUUUAUAAUUUCUAUUCCGAAUGUUGAAUAUACCUCUCAUGCUUAAUUUUGAUAUCUGUAACUUAUGGCUGUGAUUUUUUCUUGCUUUAUUGGUUUUGUUAUUUGUAUUAUAGCAUCAUACAAAGAAAAUGUAUAGGAUAUUGUUUUUUAAAUGUUUAAGUAGUUCAUGUAAGUAUUCAUCUGACAAGAUGCUCAUCCUUUUGUAUUCAAUAGUUUUUAAGUUUAUCUUUCCUGUUUAUAUAUCUUCUCUCUCGUACACAUAUGAGAAGUAUAAUUUGCAAAAUUGGGGGCAAUAAUGCAGAAAAUGGAAACAGGAAGAUAAUUAAAAGUCAGAUAUUAUUAUGCACAACACAGACAACUAUACUCUUUUUAUUAUCAAGGCAUAGAUGCAUUUUUCAGGGUGAUGAUGACUGAGAAUAGGUUUACAGGCUGGUAAUGAUGAUUAUAUGGUAACUGAGUGAAUGGUGAUGCAUCUUUGCCUCGAUAAUCAAACAAGUAUGUAUAGGAACAUAGGGGUAGAACGAAAUGUAGAUAAUGUAAAAUGAAUCAUAGGCUUGUUAGCCUUGAGUGACAUAGCAUUUCUAUUGCAGCUAAAGAAGUCAGCAUAUUGAACGUCAUAUUAAAUACGAACAAUAUCUAUUAUAGCAGAAAAUAGAAGGCAAUAACUUUUACAUUUACUUAGUGAAAGAUGGAAGUUUUCAUUCAUACUAGUUUUGUCAUAUUGAUAACAGCCUUCACUUUAGAUAAGUCAAAUACGUACUUCCCUGUUUUAAUGAUCUCCUUUUCUUGUUUUUGUUUUUAAAAAAGGAAAAGAAGGUAUACUCUGAUUUGUAUGUUACCUGUCUUUAAGAAGAGUGAUAAUGUAUUGUAUGGCCAUGGUAGCAUAUAAUGAAGAUUGAAUCAUUAAUAUGUAUACAAUUUUCUAAAAGGAAUUAAUGGUGCAGAGAGGAAUAGCUUGCUAAAAAGUACUUUGAACUGAUACUCCAGGAUUAAUAUUUGUCUUGUAGAACAAUUUCAUAUAUAAGGCAUGAGAGAGUAUUAUAUUCUUGAUACAACAAACGUACUUCUUUCCUAUACCACUUCAUUGCAACGAACUCUUUUUACAACUGAACGGUGUGAAAGACUGUAUGUUGAUCAAUCUGCAGAUAGUUUAUAAAGUGUUAAUUUUCUUGUUGGUAUAGUUGGUAUAGUCCAUCUCACAGUGGACUUACUUAAUUCAUUAAAUGUCAUCCCCUUAUUGGAGCCUGUAAUAAUUUGAGGUGAAAAUGAGAGAGAAGGAGCAUGUGUUAAGCAUUUAGAUUAUACGUUACAAUUCCUAAUGCGCUCAAUCUGGCCUUCUCUGACAUUCGGUAGACCUGAAUACAAAUGUACCAAAAAAGAAAAAGAAAGAAAAAAGAGUUUCCAUAACCUAAACUGAAAAACUAUCCUAAAAAUAAAUUGCCCAACAAUGAACUAUGAUUCUACACAGAGGAAUAUAUUUGCAUAGAGAGUUCUGACAGGACCACAUAGAUACAGUUAUACUAGGUCAGUGACUUUUGGACAGUUGUAAAACAUAGAUCAGAAAGAUUUGUUGUAUUUGGAGAGAGACGAUGACCUAUAGAAGCACUGAUGAGGAAGGUGGUAAUGAUAAUAAUGAAAAUAAUAUUUCAAUAACAUUGGUGAUAAUAAUAAUAAUGAUGAAAAAAGAAAAAAAAAAUUAUAAUGAUAAUACUA